CAGCCCCUCCCAUAUUUGGAGGAUACGUAUCACGUCGCCAUUGACUGGGAUCUUGCUACUUGUACGGGAGGCGGCGAGAUACAGACUCUCCACCUCUUCCAGGUUCUUUCUGACUGGACGGACUGCAGUGACCGGACACCGACAUGAUUCCGCUCCGCAACCUGCUUCUCCUGCUGCUGCUGGCCUUCCCGGUCACACUGCUGGGCAAUGGCAGAGGACCUUUCGCUGCUGCUCAAGAUGCAACAGAAGAUGAAGAAGAAGCCCUUGAUGACUCUGUAGUUGAAGAUGAUGAUGACGAGGCUGAAGUAGAAGAAGAUGAAUCAACAGAUCUGGUAGAAGAAAAAGAAGAGGAAGAAGAUUUGAGUUCUGGUGAACCGAAAGCCUCUCCCAAUGCCGACACCACUAUUUUAUUUGUUAAAGGAGAAGACUUCCCUGCUAAUGAGAUUGUGAAGUUCAUGGUAGGCUUCACAAAUAAGGGUACCGAAGACUUCGUUAUUGAAUCACUGGAUGCCUCUUUCCGUUACCCUCAAGACUACCAGUUUUAUAUACAGAAUUUCACUGCUUUGCCGUUAAACACGCUUGUUCCUCCUCAAAGACAAGCCACCUUUGAAUACUCCUUCAUUCCUGCAGAGCCAAUGGGUGGUCGUCCCUUUGGGCUGGUUAUUAAUUUGAACUACAAGGAUGCCAAUGGAAAUGCAUUCCAAGAUGCGGUGUUUAAUCAGACUGUCACCAUAAUUGAGAGAGAAGAUGGCAUGGAUGGAGAAACAAUCUUCAUGUACUUGUUCCUUGGUGGGCUCAGCUUACUUGUGAUUGUUGGUCUGCAUCAACUUUUGGAGUCCAGAAAGAGAAAGAGGCCAACCCAGAAAGUGGAAAUGGGUACAUCGAACCAAAAUGAUGUUGAUAUGAGCUGGAUUCCUGCUGAGACUUUGAACCAAAUAAUGCAAAGUAGACGAGAUAAAGCUUCCCCGAGGAGAUCUCCACGUAAACGAGCCCAGAAGCGAUCAGCAGGUUCUGAUGAAUAAACAGACUUUGCUCUGCAAUCUAUACUGUCCACUAGUGCUAUCCUCUUCUGACCAGGAUGGGUAGUGUUUGACAUCCACAAUGGCAAAUUGCAGUGGGAAACAAAUCUCUGUUAAAUAUUCGGACUGCAAAAACAUUAAUUCUCCCCCCAUUUUUUUUUUUUUUCAUUUCCCCUGUCCAAGAACCUCAAGCCCAGAUUAUCCUCAAACAGUGCAUUUAUCAGGAUUUUACAUUGCAGCCCUGGGGACACAGCUGUGAAGUCCUAGGCUACACCCGCGCAUUAUCUGACUGGUGCAUUUUCUGAUUUUAUACUCGCCUUCUGAGAGAAAUGUGACUGUUUUUAUUUCUAACUUGGCAUGAGCAGACUUGUGCUCACAUCAGUAUGCCUGUGAUUUUAAGGCCUGGUCGCACACAGUGCAUUGUGCUGCUAUAUAAUGUAGGGACAGGGAAGGAAAAGCACAAAGCUUUUUGGCCUGCCUGUUAGCAGCUUAUGUACCAUCUUCACCAAUUGUGUAUUUAUGCUGAAACUUAAAGAAGUUUUGUCCAAUGGCUAUCUUGGUUUGGUUAAUGACUGAUUUGUGUGGAAUAUUAAACAAGGGGAUUUUACAAAGGUUGUCAUAAAGCGGUAAAGUAAAAACGUCCAAGUGGUUAGGCAGAUGGCUGUACAAAAGAGGGAAGGGUUUUGUUUUUUUUAUUUUGUUUUUGUAAAUGGAUACAGUCUUCAAACUGUCUGCCUACAAGUGUACAAAAGGAUAAAUUCUUAAAUAAAAAGGUAAUACUUUUCCUAA